AUGCCACUUUUUGAAGUGACAUUAAUCACUCGUUCAUUAUCAAAGUCCGACCUCAUAAAGACACUUACAAGAGCAGGAAACACUUUGCUGGAUCAUGGAGCUGUUAUUGAAAAAGUUGAAUCGUUAGGUCAUAAAGAUUUACCCUACAAACGAAUAACCAAACAAACGAACGAUCCAGUUUAUUCUUCAAACUACUUUCUGUUCCGAACUCAUAUGUCCGUGGAUGCAAGAAAAGUGACGAAGUCAAUUUUCCAGAACGAUUUAGACACAGUUCAUGUCGAUAUCGUUCCCAUACAAUCUUCGCAGAAAAUUGAUUGCAAUUUGGAAGAGUUAUUGAAGCCGCCAACAGAAAGAAAAUCUGUACAAGAUUUACGUGAAAAUCAGAAGAUGGGACAUUUCACCCGGCAGAUGAUUUAUAAGAGAACAGAGAAGGAAUGGAAGAGCAUUCCAAAGAGCUGGACGAUCGCCCCUCCUAGGCCUUGA